AUGACGGACCAAUAUCUGCAAGAGCAGCAUGCCCUCACUAUUGCCCGCACCGUCCAGAGAGAACGCCAACUUGCCCAGGCCCGCCUAGAUUCUGACCAUGGAGAUAGUUGGGUCAUGAUCACCCAGACGGGUGAAAUCAAUCCUUUACCUCACGAGCACAUCAGACACAGAUCCAACGCCAAGGUCAGCCUGGAGCUGUCGGUUCCCAAGUCACUACAGCAAGGAAGGACGCCGUUCACGCGCAAGAGCGACAACGGCACCGCAUACAUCACAACACAACGAGUCAUAUACGUCCCCGCAAAACCAACCCCCGAGUUCAAGUCGUUCCAUGCGCCCAUCCUGAACUGUGCCGACUCGUAUGUGGGCUCGCCCUUCUUCGGCGCCUGGUUUUGGUCCGCCACUGUCGUGCCGGUUGCUGGAGGUGGCGUACCUGCCGACAUACCAAGAGUCGAGGUGAAGCUAAGCUUCAAGGAAGGCGGUCACAGCGAAUUCAGACAGCGGUUUGAAGAGUUGAAGGAACGACUGGAGCACGUCAGGCGUCUACAGCAGGAGACUGGACAGACGGUCAACAUCCCGGACGAGCCGCUGCCGGCAUACGAGGCGACUGAAGGCGCAGGCGCUCCGAGCGGUGUUGUUUCGCAGUCGUCGCCAUCGCAGCAGCCGCAGGAGGAGCCACUGGCCCGCCAGUCGGCUAGCUCUGGGAAUCAAAACCAACGCCCGAACGAACCUCCACCAGAUUAUGAGGAGGCGCAAGCUCAGACACUGAGCAUGCGGCUCGAAGACCACGUCCGCGAGGAGUCUGGUAGAACAUAG